AAACUCUAAUGCUAGAUAAUAUUCUGAUGGCAAUUGGAUGGGCUGGAUCAUAACAGAUUAUUGUUAUAUCACUAUUGAGAUAUCUGAUUUUGGUUAAUUGUAGAGCACUUUAUUUAUCCUAAUUUUUAAUUCGAUUAGCUUCCAUUGUACUAUUUCUGAUAAUAAUCCUAAUGUAAAUUUGUAUUUAUUCCUAGUAAAAUAUGCCGUCUGAAGCACCCACAUUUAAAUACUCCACAUUAAUUGGGGAGACCUUUUAGAUUUUCAUUUUUUUUGGUUUUCUUUUGUAGUAUGUUGGAAUUUGUAUCAAUAGCAAUGGCUAUUCAUUCUGUAAAUUCUAUUAUCUAAUAAUUAGCUGGAAUAUUAUACUAUUGUACAUUUUGUAGCACUAUUUACUAUAUUUUAAUCCUUUUUUAGAAGUUGGAUCAAUAAUGUUACACCAAUCACUGUAUUGGCAUCUUAUUUAUUAAUGGGGUUAGGCUAUCUCCUAGAAGAUUGGAUUUUCAUAGUACAUGGAUCUUCAUUUGAAAAAAGAUUCUUAGGGAUUAAUCAUUCUUUUUAAUGGAAACCUUUAAUCAUGGUAAUAGCAGCAGCAGCCAGUAGAACUCUUGGUAUUCAAAUUUUCAAGAAGAUUCAAUUUUAAUAGUUAUUUGAAAAUAAAGGCUUUGUGGAUAAGAUUUCAUGGGCUAAUUAUAUAAAUGAUGAACCAGAAAAGAUUCAAAAUAGUUUAGCAGCUAUAAAUGCUUUAUUUAGUCGAUAUUUAGAAGCACAAUUAAUUAUACAUUGCGAAUAAAAUUCAAUUCCUAUUCAUUAGUUAAAGAGUGAUGCUAUCUUAGAACUCUUAAAUAGUUAUUUUGAUAAUCAUUUAUCAUAUAGUUAUCAAUAUAUGGAAUAAUUUCAUAUAUUCAAUUUCAAUAAAGAAGCCGUAGAUGAUAUGGACACUUAUUAUGAAAAAGAAUCUUUAUUAAGAAAAAUGAUUAAACAGAGAAUAUAUAAUAUUUAAUUACAACACCAAUAAUAUAAAGAACUAUUUGGACUUGAUAAAUAUUAAAAUCUUUCAUUUGAAGUUAUUUAUCAAGAUUAUGGAAUUCAUGAAUACAUUUGGGAUGAAGAAACUCCACUUAUUACUUUGAGUAUGCAAUUUUUUUAGGGUCUUUUUUGUCUUAUUGCGGCAUAUUUUCAUCAGGAAUAAAUUGAUGAUUAUUUUAAAUAAGGAUAUAAUAUAGGGUUUACUCUAAGUUAAUUAGAAUAUUAUGUAUGGAUCUCUGUUUUUUUGGGAGUUUUACAAUUAGGAAAAAUUGUGUAACUUAUUUAAAUAAAACUCUUAGAUCUUAUAAAUUAAUAAUAUUAUGGGAGGUUUAAACAUACUUUUUUAGUGGUAUAUUCUUAGAACUUGCUUUUAUUUAUUUAACUAUGAUAUGGAUUGAAAGUAUCACUUUUAUUAAAGUACUUGGUCUAAUCAUUUCGUAUGUAGUAAUGUCAAUUAGCUAUAGAUCUGCUGAAAAAGUAAGAGAUUAAAGUAUUCUUUUUAUUAUUUAAAUAGAAAACAAACUAUUUUAUUUAAAUUUUGUAAUCUUCUUAGUUAAAACAUAAAAAUUUACCAACAGAGAAGGCAGUCACAUUAUAUAAUUAAUGGCUUAAUGUUGUGAACAUUUAAAUUUGAAUGAAUUCUUAAAAGUAUUAUCAUAAAUGUUAUGUAUUCAUGGAAUAGUAAGUUGUGAUCAAUUAAGACAUUUGAAAUUUAGUCAUUUUGGAGAGAGUCCUCUUUUUAAAUUUUAAAUUCCUUUCAUUUUCCAAUCUUAAUUACGUUAUGAAAAUAAUAUAGAAAAUGAUACUUUGAUUUAAGAAGAAGGUGAAAUCGAAUAAAUGUAAAAAUCUUAAUUUACUCGUUAUGUAAUUGAAAGCAAAUAUUAAGAAAAUAAAUCAGAAAUAAAAUAGUCAAAAAUAGUUGGUAAUUCUAGAAUUUAAGUUAAAUCUGAAAUUUAGCCUUAGUAUUCUAAAAUUGUUUCUGAUAGAAAAUUAUCUGCAUCUGCAGUUAAAUCUAAAAGAUAAUCAAUAUUAAAUUGA